GAUGUGUGACUUGUGAAUCUCCCCGUGAUCACAUGCAUGUAGCCGGUCAGCAAUGGAGGCGACAAAGAAGUCACCGGUACCUGGCAAAGAAGUACAACUUUCCUUACAUUUUACAUGAAGACUGAAGAGAUCACCAACUAUCCAGCAGUUGGUUAUUCGAUCUUCUUUCUUUGCUGUGCUGCCCAUCAAACACUUCCCCUUCCUACAUUGUCCAAACGCAGAUACCCUCAGGCUUGAACCUCGGCAACUCUGGCUUCCCCACAGCAGCGGCCGCGGCAAACAGUUGAUUACUAUUUACGGGGGUUCACCUAGCCUUCCCCAUAUUUGGUCUCCAACUACUGUCUGUCGUCUUUAAGUAGAAUUAGAGACGCAUAGGAUCAUACACCUAAGCUUGUUUCAUUCAAACCUUUUUGUCUUCUCCGUUCGCCUCCAUUUGUCAACUGCCGAGAAAGUUACCGCCCCCGACCCCUAGAUUCAAGGCAACGACACCAUGCCUUUCAACACUGCUCUGACGAGAGCCCUGGGCAUCUCAGUCCCGGUCGUGCAGGGAGGUAUGCAAUGGGUGGGUUAUGCAGAGCUUGCUGCUGCCGUCAGUAACGCUGGUGGACUGGGUAUUCUCACGGCCCUUACUCAACCAACCCCAGAAGACCUUCGCAAAGAGAUCCGAAAGUGCAAGACCAUGACCAAGAAGCCCUUCGCCGUCAACAUCACACUCCUCCCCGCUCUCGUUCCCCCAGACUACGGCGCCUAUGCCCAGGUGGUGAUCGACGAAGGCAUUAAGAUUGUCGAGACAGCGGGAAAUAACCCAGGCCCAGUGAUUGAAAAACUCAAGAAGGCCAACACCACCAUUCUUCACAAAUGCACGACCAUCCGUCAUGCCAAGUCUGCGGUGAAGCUGGGAGUCGACUUUCUGUCCAUUGACGGAUUCGAAUGCGCCGGCCACGUCGGCGAAACCGACAUCACCAACUUCAUUCUUCUAAGUCGCGCGCGUCAGGAGCUCAAGACCCCUUUCAUUGCAUCUGGUGGGUUUGCUGACGGUCAGGGGUUGGCUGCUGCUCUGGCUCUCGGAGCUGAGGGUAUCAACAUGGGUACUCGGUUCAUGUGUACCAUCGAAGCACCCAUUCACAACAACGUCAAGCAGGCAAUUGUCAAGUCGGAUGAGACACAGACGGCUCUGGUCAUGAGACGGUGGAAGAACACCACUCGGUUGUAUGGAAACAAAGUGGCCAAGGAGGCUCUGAAGGUGGAGAAAGAAAGCAAAUCGGGCGAGUUCAGCGACAUCGCGCCCUUCGUCAGUGGCAAACGCGGCAGAGAGGUUUUCUUGAAUGGCGAUAUUGACUAUGGAGUCUGGACUGCCGGUCAAGUCAUUGGUCUGAUCCACGAUAUUCCGACUUGCGCUGAGCUUCUUCAGCGGAUUGAGAAGGAAGCCGUCGAGGCGCUGGACCGCUCCAGGUCGUUGCACACGGCAACCAUCCCCAGCAAGCUGUAGAGGAUGUGGAUGGAGUCGAUACCCGGUAACAUGAUUGGAGCGUACACUUGUGAUUUAAUUACAGACUAAGCAAGGAAUAGAAGUGAUUGUGUAAAG